AUGGAACCGUCAAAUGCGAAUACACCUCAUCCAGAAGGGUCCGAGGGGACUUUAAAGCCUCCAGAGGGCAUGGUUCUUCCUCCAAAGGAUAUCCGAAAAGCCAUUGAGACCACAGCAAGCUACGUCGUUCGCCAUAAGGGUACUUUUGAAGACCGUAUCCGCCAGAAGGAAAAGAACAACUACAAGUUCUCCUUCCUAACCCCUGGAGAUGCAUAUGAGCCCUACUAUCAAUGGUAUACAGCCGAGUACAAAGCAGGCCGAGUAGCAGGAUUAGCUGGCCGAGCUGGCGAGUCUGUCGCCGCCGCGGAACCCGAAAAGCCCAAGGGGCCACCUGAACCAGCCUCGUUCCACUUCUCGGCGCGCAUGCCGAUUAUCAAUGCACAGGAUUUGGACGUGGUCAAGCACACAGCGUUAUUCGUCGCAAAGCGAGGAAAGUCAUUCAUGACUGCGCUGUCGCAGCGCGAGGCCAGAAAUUUCCAAUUCGACUUCUUACGACCACAGCAUAGUCUGUACCAAUUCUUCACGCGAUUGGUUGACCAAUACACUAUCUUGCUUCGCGCAGAGGGAAUUGAUGAGGCAACUUCAGCCACAAAAAGAAUCGCAGAACUAGAACAAAAUGCAAAGAACAAAUUUCACGUCAUGGAACGUGCGAAGCAGCGGGCGGAAUGGGUGAAAUACCAACGACAACAAAAGCAAGAGAAGGAAGAGCAAAGUGAACAGGAACGGAUUGAGUACGCCCAGAUCGACUGGCAAGACUUCGUCGUGGUCGAAACCGUCGAGUUCACUGAGCACGACGACCACGCCGACUUGCCACCACCGACCUCAGCCAAUGACCUACAGUCCGCCUCCCUCGAGCAAAAAGCAGCAAUGUCCCUCAACAUGCGACGCAUUGAGGAAGCGAUGCCCACCGGCCUCGACGAACCUGUCUACUACAACGCCUACCCAGUUCACCCCGCACCCAUGCACGCCCCCCACCCCUCGGUCUCUCCCUACCCACCAGGCCCAUACCCCCCACCAGGCCAGUAUCCCACCGCUGAAGAGGACCAGCGCAUCCGUGAACGAACCCAAGCGCGCGACCAAGCCGCCGCGUCUCAGGCAGCGGCCAUCCCCGGUCAACAGCCAAUGCGCAUCCGCUCAGACUACGUGCCCCGAGCCCAGGCUCGCCGUCAACAAGCCCAGAUGGCGAUCUGCCCUUACUGCAACCAGAGAGUGCCUUUCGCCGAGCUGGACGAGCACAUCCGUAUCGAGCUGCUCGACCCGCGCUGGAAAGAACAGCGUGCGAAGGCCGAAGCCCGCAGUGCCACCACCAACCUCUCCACCGUCGAUGUCGUCAACAACCUCAAGCGUCUUGCAAGCCAGCGCACCGACGUCUUCGACCCUUCUCCUCUCGAUCAAGAGGAGGAAGAUCGCCGCAAGCGACUGGCUAUGGGUCUCGAUGGCUCAGCUGGCCCACAAAACCCGAACGCUCCAGCUGGUGUGCAGAAUCCCAACGUCCAGAGUAUGAACAUCGAAGACCAGCUCAGACAUAUUCAUCAGCUUGCCAAGAAAUGA